AUGCUAAAGCUGUUUAAAAGAGCGGUACAUCAUUGUAUCACUGGUAUUGGGAAUCCAGAGCCACCCUAUCAGCUGACAAGACACAAUGCAGGGCUUUUGAUGGUAGACCUUUUGAAGCGCGAAAUGGGGGGUAGCGCUGCCGAGUUUGUUCCCUGCAUUGCGAAUGCCAAAGUGAAAAGAUACCAGACCAAUGAAGUCUUACUUCUUCGUGCUGAUGGUGACUAUAUCAAUCUAAGUGGCAAGACCGUAGUACCGCUGUGGCGGAAGUUGGGAUCCAAAUUCCGUCAUUUGGUAGUCCACGAUGAGCUCAGUUUACCUGUUGGAAAAGUUCAGUUGAGGAAACCGGGGACGAGCCUGAGAGGUCACAAUGGGCUAAGGGAUAUUUCGAAAUACUACGGUGACGAUUUUUACAGGCUCGCAGUGGGAAUUGGAAGACCACACGAUCGAGAUUGCAGGGUUGUUGCCGAUUACGUGCUUUCAAAAUUCGAUUCGGAUUCUCUGGACACAAUUGCCGACGAAAGUCUUGAAAAAUCGUUGGAACACAUACGAAACUGGAUGAAAACUAGGUAG